GACGAGUCCCUGACGGCCUCGCCCCAGGCGGAAGUAAACAUAGGCAGGUAAGCAAGAACGCGCCAAGAUAACGUAUCUAGUCGAAGUCACCUAUCUACCAGAAGUCAAGUAUCUAGGGUAAGGAGAGUAUGUCAAAUUCUGGAUGACAUCUUGCUCUAGUUGGUUUGAAAGGCCAUACACACGGUGGAACCCGUCAAUCCUGCUGUGUUUCCACCUCGCAAUAAUUCCGGCAACAUUUACGUCCAUCUCGAUCUCUGAGAUGAAACAUUCUCAACCUUGGAGAUUCAUCACUCAAUCCCGUGCGGAGCGGCCAAGGAGUCAGAGGCACAAUCAUGCGGAUGCUCGCUGAGAUGUCUUCGUAGAAGACCCGGAAAUCUUUGCGAAUAUCUUCACAUCGAGAGUAGCCACAUGGUCAUUUGGAUGCUUGGCUGAUUCCUUCG